CUCUGCAGAGAAGAUCAAUAGUUUGUCACAAUGAUCAAACUAAGUAGAGCCUGGAUGACACAUUUCACAUCCUGUCCACACACACACACACACACACACACUAGGUGUACAACAAUGUAAACUAGAUUGCAACACAACGUGCAGUAGAGAUUACGGAGAGAAUCGUCAAGGUUUGAGAGGUGUGUUCCUCUUAUCUGUGAGGGGUGAAACCUUCUUAAAGAUGCAAAAGGUUCCACCUGCCUCAACCUCCCUCACCUUUUCCACCACACCUGUGUGGAGGGAAGCGUUUGACCAACUGAAGGCCGCACUCUGAGAGCAUGGAUGCACUAAAGAUACCUGAGGCUGUGCAGCAAAAAAAAAAUAAUGAAAGCAAAGAGCACAAGGGAAGUCCCGCACACUCCACCCUGGCUCUGAUGGAUGGGGAGCCAGAAGAAGAAGACCCCUGGGACCUUCCCGAGCUACAGGACACGGGGGUGCCGUGGUCAGCGCUGGACUGCCAGGCGAAGGUGCUGAGGGUGCUGGUGUCCCUGGUGAAGCUGCUGGUGCUGUUGGGCCUGCUUUACAUGUUCAUCUGCUCUCUGGACAUCCUCAGCUCCGCCUUCCAGCUUGUGGGAGGCAAAGCGGCGGGGGACAUUUUCCAGGACAACGCGGUCUUGUCCAACCCUCUGGCUGGUCUGGUAAUCGGCGUCCUGGUGACUCUGCUGGUCCAGAGCUCGUCCACCUCGUCCUCCAUCGUAGUCAGCAUGGUCUCCUCCGGGCUGCUGACGGUGCAGCUGGCAGUGCCCAUCAUCAUGGGCACCAACAUUGGCACCUCGGUCACCAACACACUGGUUGCCAUGACGCAGGCCGGGGACCGAAGCGUCUUCCGCAGGGCCUUCGCGGGUGCCACGGUGCACGACUUCUUCAAUUGGCUGUCGGUGCUGGUGCUGCUGCCCCUAGAGGUGGCCACCGGGUACCUGUACGAGGUCACCAAGAUCAUCAUCGACUCCUUCCAAAUCCAGAGCGGCGAGCCCCCUGAGCUGUUGAACGUCAUCACAGACCCCCUAACAGACGCCAUCAUUGAGCUGGACAAGUCGGUCUUAAGUGAAAUAGCCACCGGGGACCCGGCAGCGCGGAACAAGAGUCUGAUCAAGAAGUGGUGCCAGACCUUCACCAACAUGAGCACAGUCAACGUGACCGUUGAGAACUGCACCUCUCCCUUCGCCUGCUGGUCCGACGGCAACAUGACCGUCACGCUGAAGAAUGUCUCCACGACGUACGGCAUCAAGAAGUGUGAGCACCUGUUUGUGGACGUGCACCUGUCCGACCUGGCGGUGGGUCUGAUCCUUCUGGUGCUUUCUCUGCUGGUGCUCUGCACCUGCCUGCUGCUCAUCGUCAAGCUGCUCAACUCCAUGCUCAAGGGUCAAGUGGCGUCGAUCAUCAAGAAGAUCCUCAACACAAAUUUCCCCUUCCCGUUUGGGUGGGUCACAGGUUACAUCGCUAUCUUAGUCGGAGCCGGGAUGACAUUCAUCGUGCAGAGCAGCUCGGUUUUUACCUCCGCUAUCACUCCACUUGUUGGUAUCGGCGUGAUCAGCAUCCAGAGGGCCUACCCGCUGUCCCUGGGCUCCAACAUCGGCACCACCACCACGGCCAUCCUGGCAGCCAUGGCCAGCCCGGGAGAAACCCUUGACAACGCCCUGCAGAUCGCUCUGGUGCACUUCCUGUUCAACAUCUCCGGCAUCAUCCUGUGGUACCCCAUUCCCUUCACCCGCCUGCCCAUCCGCCUGGCCAAGGCUUUGGGCAACAUCACCGCCUCCUACCGCUGGUUCGCCGGCGUUUACAUCCUGUUCUGCUUCUUCAUCCUGCCGCUCCUGGUCUUCAGCCUGUCGCUGGCCGGCUGGCAGGUGCUGGUGGGCGUGGCCUGUCCGCUGCUGGCAUUGCUGCUGGCCGUACUGGUGGUCAACACGCUCCAGAAAAGGAAGCCCGGGUGUCUGCCCGCCUGCCUGCGGACCUGGGACUUCCUGCCGCUCUGGGCGCACUCCCUGGAGCCCUGGGACCGGCUGGUGGGCGUGGUUGCCGCCAAAUGCUGCUGCUGCUGCAAAUGCUGCCAAGCCGACGACAGCGAGGCGCAAGAGUGCCCGCAGGCGUACGAUAAUCCUGCCAUGUGUGGCGAGAAAGCAGUAGAAAGUGACGCAAGUGUUCUGAAAAUGACCAAACUUUGAGGCUGCAUUAUUGCGCAACAUGUAUUUAUGUCCUCUCCACAUCCUUUCGAGCAGGGGUGUCCAAACUUUUUUCUCCCAAAAAAUCAAAACAAGCGGCGGCCAUUUUGAUUUGUUCAAUUUUCAAAACCAGUACAACAUAUGGAUUUUUUUUAAAAAUCUUUUAGGGCUCGCCUCAAGUUUGGCCCCGGGGACCCAGAAGUCAUAAAAAUGUUAAAAAGAAUUUCGGUUUUAACACCUACGUCACGACUCUGGCGACCGAGGAGCUUUGUCCGCAGGUUUGAUGACUUUGGUGAAACUAAAAAGACAAACAAUACAGUCAAUAUACACAUAAGUUAUGCACAUAUAUGAUGUAAUACUACCUUACAAGGCAUGAAGAAGGAUAACAAAUAUCAAUUUGUACAACUGACGCCAUCUUGAAUGAAAUCGUCGCUAAUGAGUAAGACAAAGAACUCUUUUCACAAUCUCAAAUCGUGAAUUUAGCUCCCAAUAUUUCGGACGAAAACAAAGUUGCAAAGUUCAACUUUUAAUACAUACCGGCGAUGCAACCUUAAACAAAAAUAUAGAUGAAGUAUUUUUUUUUUCAAAACGCCGUAAAGUAGUGUCGGCACCGGAAGUCUCUCGGCGUGGCCGAUGCCACUUCCGGUCUAUAAAAUUUGAUUGAAAAUGCACUUUUAAGAGAUGUAUUACCUGCCCCUGACAACAUGAUAGCGACAUAAACACAUGUAACGAUGUUGAAUUAAAAGCAUGACACGCUUUAACAAGAGUGUACAACUUUUAGUUGCAACAAAACAAAAAUAAAUGUUCUUCUUUUUUAAUAUUCAACGCUUGAAUUUCUAGAUUAGUGGUUCUCAAACUUUUUUCACCAACUGCCACACAAUGAUGAAAUGCAGUAUUCUAGUAGGCCUAAGUAUUCGUUAAAAACUAGCCAGAGGUUUUUUUGUAAUAUUACACACAGUUUGAACAGUAACACUGUGUUUGAAUGUGGGAAAAUACAACUGUUAGUUAUGAUAUUUAAUUAUGCAAUUUUCUGGCGUACCACUCGAUGGAGCCUUCGUCCAAUUAUGUUACUGGUACAACAGUUUGACGAUCACUUCUCUAAAUCUACUUUGGGUCAGUCAAUAUAAAGUUAUUAUUAAUAAUUAUUUGUAUGCCUUUUUUGUCAAAACCCGCGUUUUAUGGCAAAAACAAAAUAUGCAGUAUUUUACCCCCAAAAAUAUUCUGAGUGUAAUAAUAUUUGAUGUGAAGUAAUUGGAGCCUUUAUUCUGCUAUUUUUUAAACAAUGACAGUUUCUAGAAAAAAAAAAUAUUGUGGAUCCAAAAUGGCCGCAAAUAUAUAUAUUUUUGUUUUACUUUCAACGCUUAAAUCUGUAGAUCAUCUUCCCAUCUAUGUGUUGACUAAAUGUUUUUCUUAUUUUAAUUUUUGUCUACUGCUCUUUUAGUCACAAAAUACUUCAAAGUGGAAUAUUUGAUGCAAAGUCACUUCAAUCGGCCAAUAAUUCAUAGCAACAUUAAUUCUGAUUCAUUGUUAUUUUACGAACAGGGUGACAGUUUUGAAAAAAAAAAAAAAAAAAAUCCCAUGAAAAUGUUCCUAAAAUUUUCAUUCUCAUAAAAGUGUGAAAAAUAGGUCACACAUUAGUUAUGAUCUAUCCGUUGAUUAUACGUUUUUUUCACCUGUGUUUAUAGCACUUUUUGUCAACGAAAGCUUUGUUUUUUUAUAUCACAAAAUAUGCAAUGUUUUCAACCAAAAUACUGCAAAGUGGAAUAUUUGAUGCAAAGUCACUUCAAUAGGCCAAUAAUUCAUAGCAACAUUCAUUUUGAUUCAUUUUUUUUUUGAACAGCGACAUGUUGAAAAAAAAAAAUCAGUAAUACAUUAUUUAUAAUCUAAACCUUGAUUACACAUCUUUAAACGUUAUAUCACUUGUUUUUAUUGCACUUUUUGUCCAAGAAAACAUAGUUUUUCAUAUGGCAAACACAAAACAUGCAAUAUUCUCACUUACACAUGCUACAAAGUGGAAUAUUUGACAUGGAGUCACUUCAAUGGGCCAAUAAUUCAUAGCAACAUUAAUUUUGAUUCAUUUGUUUUGUUUUUUUAACAGCAACAGUUUGAAAAAAAAAUCAGUAAUACAUUAUUUAUCAUCCAUACCUUGUUUAUACAUCUUUAAAUGUUUUUUCCACUUGUGUUUAUUGCAUUUUUUCUCAAAGAAAACUUGAGUUUUUAUAUGGCAAACAUGAACUAUGCAAUAUUCUCACUUAAAAAGACUUAAAAAUGGAAUAUUUGAUAUGAAGUAAUUGCAGCCUUUAACAGGUCAAUUAUCCAUGACAGCAUUCAUUUUGAUUCAAUAUUACAGCACUGCCAGUUUUAAAGAAACACUUUAGAGUCAACCUGUUGGGUCCUUUAUUCCACUUUCUUUUAGGUUUAAAAACAAAAUAAGUAUUUCAGAAUGUGCAUUGACCCCAGGGCCACACUUUGGACACCCCUGAUAUUGGGAUGGCAUGGACAACAUUUGAUAAUAUUCAUGUUUUCAACUAAUCCCCGAGGAGAGUCUCCAGAAUGACAGACCAUAUCGACAUUAGCAACAUUGUCAUCAACCUUCAUCGCUUGGAUCUCAGAAUUUUUGUUCACUGUAAAAAAAAAAUCAACAACAACACAUCAUUCUAAGGUGUGUCUAUCAUUUUGUAACCAUAACAACUGGUAAUUAUAUUCAAAGAAUAUAUUGAGAUUAAGUUACGUCUAAAUAAACUGUUUUAACUGUC